AUGACCUCUCUCGCGUCACGAGAGAGUUCCGUGCCUCACGCCGACGCCGACGCCGACGCGGACCAUUGUCGCCGCAAACCUGGACCGACCCCAAGCUUCGACAGCGUCUGCAACGGGUCAACGACUGCUGUCACAAAACCUUUGCUCCCCGCCUCCUAUCCCAAUAUCGUUCAUACGCCGCCGACCCCCACCGAUGGCCCCGUUUGCUCAACUUCGGGCUUGGCCGCGACGUCGUCAAGUGCCGCCCCACUUUCCAGUAGCGCGGCUGCGACCGCUCACAAACCGAUUCCGAUUCCGAUUCCGAAUCCUAUUGCCCCUGGCCAGCAAACCCGCAUGAUGCUCUUGACUCCUCCCCCACAGACACAGGUUGCAUGCGAUGGGCUUCUUUCGACCUCACCUGAAUCCAUGCCGUCUCCCCUCGCGACAGCAGUCUCGUUCGCCGAGUCGGGCCCGAAGACGGCCCCUGCAUCAACUCCGGCGUCGGCUUCGCUCCGCAAGUUUGCCAUUCGGAGGCACUCUUCUGCCUUCGUCAUCCCGGACCAACUCGCCCGCCCAGGGAUGGAGAUGCUCAAAGUGUCGGCCAAGAGCGCGAGGAGAGCCAAACCGAGGAACAUGUGGCUCGACGUCGGCGCCGCCGGAUCCGAGGAUGGAGAGAUGGGACUCGAGAUCGGCAUCGGGCUCGUGGGCGGUCAGGACGUGAGGCUGUGCUGGGAGAAGAAUGGGUUCGGUCUAGGUCGGUGAACCUUGUUUGGGCGCCCUCUUGCUACCGGCCAAGAGAUCUCCACACUCACACAAGCUUGUUACGAUCGUGUAGGCAGCAAACGAGAGGCGUCGAUUCCCAUUGCAAGGAUCAGAGAUUUACGAUUUGCGGCUCAAGGCUCGCCUUAUCGCACCUCACUGCAGAUUUCGGCAGACGUCGAGCCGAGGUGGAUGACUAUCAUAUACUCGGUCCCGCAAACCUCCCGCAACAUGCUCAACUCUUCGACCGUCAGCUACAAAUUGGUGCAUUUUAUUGCUCCGACGCGGCAAGCGCUCGACCUGUGGAGACUCACGCUGGACAAGUUCCGCGAUGGCCGGAUGACCAAAGGCUUUGCUGUGGCCGACCCUGUUUCUGAUGUGCCGUCGCGUCCCGCCGUUGUAGAAGAGUCUAACACGAUUGUGCGCGAAGCCGAGGUUCAUCACCUUUGCGCCAAGCUGGGAAUGGGAAUCGGUUCCGCCGAGAUUGGCGAGGCUUUCAGAGUGAGUGAUUAGGCCGAUGCAAGGAUCCUUCAGUAUUAGUGUGCGCUUGACUCGCUGAUUUGACGACGGCUCACACCAGUCUACGGCCGCCCCACGCGACUAUCUCGACUUUGCUGCGUUCCAACGCUUCGUAAAGUUGCUCAAGCGUCGCGGCGAGAUUGAGAGCAUCUUUGCGGGCGUAGCCGGAGCGGGUCACCAGUCCUUGUCACUCCAAUCCUGGACGACUUUCAUUGCCGAGGUUCAACAAGUGCGUCUGAAAUUGCCUUCGUGUUGCAAGGGCCAUGCUGAUCCCUCUGUUCCGUCGCCACACGCCACCAGCAACCCCACACUCAUGAAUCUAUCCUGGCGUCGUAUGCCAAGUACGCCGAUUCGGAGACAAAGCGAAUCAUGAUUGACGGGUUCGCAUCAUACCUUAUGUCCUCGGAUAAUGCUAUCCUCAAAAAUGAAUCGAAUCAAGACAUGUCUCGCCCGCUCCCGGAAUACUUCAUAACUUCAAGCCAUAACGUGAGUUCGUGCCCCAUUGGCAGGGUCUCGCCUUAAGCGGGCCGGCUGAAGUCGCGACUCGACAUGCGAUUCCGCUACCAGACCUACCUCGUCGGAAACCAAAUAAAGGGACAGAGUACUGUGGAGGGCUAUAUCCGCGCCCUGCAGCAGGGGUGCCGAUGUGUCGAGUGCAAGUCACCAUCUCUCACAUUGUUCCAGGCAUCUGUUCGCUGAUAGCCGAAUCGGGACGCUUUCGACGAUGUCGACGCGCAGUGGAUAUUUAUGAUGGAGAUGACGGCGAGCCGGUGGUAACACACGGCUUGACAUUGACCUCCAAGAUCACGCUGCGCGAAGUGCUACAGGCGAUCGCCCAAUACGCCUUCCUCGCCUCGCCCUAUCCGGUUAUCUUGAGCGUGGAAGUUCAUUGCGAUGUUAUCCAACAGGAUCGCAUGGUUGAGUUGCUGGUUUCGGUUCUGGGCGAUCAGCUCGUUCGGUCGAGGCUCGACGGCGCCGAGCAAGAGGAAGAGCUCGAGCAAUUGCCCAGCCCAAACGAGCUCAAAGGGCGAUUUUUGCUUAAAGUGAGCGGCGUGCCAUCAGAGCCCCUACCUCCCACUGAAAACCUUACACCUCGUUCCGUUAUGUUGCACACAGGCCAAGAACAAAUCGAAAUUUGCGAAUAAGACGGACGGAACGCUGAGCAAAGUCACUCAGACUGAGGACCACGCAACUUCCUCCGCCGAAUCGACAAGCUCGGACUCAGACUUUGGCAGAGGUCAGUCGGCCGUAUCUUUUAGUGCGCCGUUGGCAUCUUGGCCAGGUGUUCUUGAUGAUUGAAUAUCUUCUGGGUACCUUUAUUGGUCGCAGUUUUUCGGGCUGUUCGGAGGCGCGUGGGCGGCGGGUCGAAUCGCUCAAUCACGCCGCCUCAACAACCCCGACCACCCCUUUCGCCGUCGUCGUCGUCAUCUACCAAGUCGGCAUCGAACGCAUCGUUCAGCCAGGCUCCACCAGACCGCUUAUCUGCGUGCAUGACCGUCGAGCCUAGCGAAGUCGGGGCGCCAUCGGGCAGACCAGACAAACACCAAGUCAUGUCAUCUGCGCUGCUUGGCUUGCUUGUUUACACCGUCGGGGUCAAAGCACGGGGAUUCAACAAGAAAGAAACGUACGGUGCAACGCACGUGAUCUCAAUCGGCGAGAACAGCCUGCAUAAAAUGUUCAGAGAUGAGGGCGCACGGCAAGACUUCAUCGCCCACAAUCGAAAGCAUCUUACGCGGGCAUACCCUAAGGGGAGCCGCCUCAACAGUUCGAACUUUGAGCCCCAUCACAUGUGGGCCGCCGGCGUGCAGCUUGUCGCCUUGAACUGGCAGACUUUCGGUGAGUUGCCUAGGUGAACUCACAGCUCGAUCCCGGUAUCUACAUCGCUGAAAGCUGCUUCCCCUACACCCAAGAUACGGGCAUGGAACUCAACUUGGCAAUGUUCUCGCGCGCCGGACGAAUCGGCUACGUCCUCAAGCCUGAGCUCCUUCGCAAGAAAGGCGGCGAGAAGGACAAAACGGCGCUGAUUCGAUCCGAGAGGUACACGCUGCAAGUUGUGGUAAGUUUCUGCGGGGUCGGCGAUGCUGUCUUGACAAACUCGAAGCCUUGAGAUCGCCACCAACAAUCCGAUUGCCUCCCUUCCCAGGUCAUCUCGGCCCAGCAACUGCCCAAGCCACGCGACGUAGACGACGUAGACAAAUUCAACAUCGCCAAGGUUGAUCCUUUCGUUGAAGUUUCGCUAUACCAGCCCGGUCUCGCAUCCCCUGCCAAGAAACGUAGCAAGGUUGUUCGGUACGUGCCGCGGAACCGCGCUUGGAUGUGAUCUUGUGCGCUGAUGCUGAGCUGGCUCCCUGGGUAGCGGGAAUGCGUUCAACCCGAUCUUCAACACGCCCUUGACUUUUGAGUUCACUGCUCACCCCUCAGAGGGCAUGUUGGAUCUCGUGUUUCUUCGCGUCGAAGUGCUCAAUGCGCGCGGCAACAUCAAGGCGGCGUUCGAAGAAGGGAAAGGGGAUCCGGUGGGUGCCUUCGCCAUUUCAUUGGGCGCGCUGCUACCUGGUAAGAUCCAACCUACUCUUGCGCCCGAUGCACCUUCCCUGACGUCUGAAAUUGACCGAAUCACGCGUAAAGGUUACCGGCACGUUCCCUUGUACGAUGCUGUUGGCGACCAGCUCUUGUUCUCCACCCUAUUCCUCAAGGUCGUCCUGGACCCUCGGAGUUCGGGCAUAUCUGCGACUCUCGCCCCGUAG